GCCCGCGCCCCUCCCCCGCGCUGCGCUCAGUGCUAGGCGGAGGCGGCAGCGGUUAGAGGCUUCACCCGGCUUUGCUGCGGGGACUUCGGUGGCGUCGGCGGCCCCUCAGGCACCUCGGCCCUGACACCAUGAGGCGAGUGGUACGCCAGAGCAAGUUUCGUCACGUAUUUGGGCAAGCAGUGAAAAAUGACCAGUGUUAUGAUGACAUCCGGGUGUCUCGUGUGACCUGGGAUAGCUCCUUCUGCGCUGUCAACCCCCGAUUUGUUGCCAUAAUCAUCGAAGCGAGUGGAGGGGGUGCCUUCCUUGUGCUUCCUUUGCACAAGACUGGUCGAAUUGACAAGUCCUACCCUACUGUAUGUGGCCACACAGGACCAGUGCUUGACAUCGAUUGGUGUCCACACAAUGACCAAGUCAUUGCCAGUGGUUCAGAGGACUGCACGGUUAUGGUAUGGCAGAUCCCUGAAAAUGGACUCACUCUCUCGCUUACAGAGCCAGUGGUGAUUCUGGAAGGCCACUCCAAGAGAGUGGGCAUCGUGGCCUGGCAUCCAACCGCCCGCAACGUACUUCUCAGUGCAGGCUGCGAUAAUGCAAUCAUUAUCUGGAACGUGGGCACUGGGGAAGCCCUCAUAAACUUGGAUGAUAUGCACUCGGACAUGAUCUACAACGUCAGCUGGAACCGAAAUGGCAGUCUGAUCUGCACGGCAUCCAAGGACAAGAAAGUGAGAGUCAUUGAUCCUCGGAAGCAGGAGAUCAUUGCUGAGAAAGAGAAAGCCCACGAAGGUGCGCGGCCCAUGAGAGCCAUCUUCCUGGCUGACGGCAACGUCUUCACCACUGGUUUCAGCCGCAUGAGCGAGCGGCAGCUGGCUCUCUGGAACCCGAAAAAUAUGCAAGAACCAAUUGCUCUUCAUGAAAUGGACACUAGCAAUGGGGUGUUGCUGCCUUUCUAUGAUCCCGACACUAGUAUUAUUUACUUAUGUGGAAAGGGCGACAGCAGUAUCCGCUACUUUGAGAUCACCGAUGAGUCUCCCUAUGUCCACUACCUCAACACUUUCAGCAGCAAAGAGCCUCAGAGAGGGAUGGGUUACAUGCCCAAGAGGGGACUGGACGUGAACAAAUGUGAGAUUGCCAGAUUCUUCAAACUUCACGAAAGAAAGUGUGAGCCCAUCAUCAUGACUGUUCCCAGGAAGUCCGACCUUUUCCAAGAUGACCUGUAUCCCGACACAGCAGGGCCCGAGGCGGCGUUGGAGGCUGAGGAGUGGUUUGAGGGCAAGAAUGCAGACCCCAUCCUCAUUUCCUUGAAGCACGGCUACAUCCCAGGCAAAAACCGGGAUCUCAAGGUGGUCAAGAAGAACAUACUGGACAGCAAGCCCAUGCCAAACAAGAAGUGCGACCUGAUAAAUGUCCCCAAGAAAACUGCAGACCCGGCCAGCGUGCAAAACGAAGCCAAGCUGGAUGAGAUUUUAAAGGAGAUCAAAUCUAUAAAAGACACAAUCUGCAAUCAAGACGAGCGCAUUUCCAAGUUGGAACAGCAGAUGGCGAAGAUAGCUGCCUGAGGGCCCCUGCCUCCUUUCAGCAGAGCAAGGACUGGUGCUCAGGGCUGGUUAUGAUGUGGGGUCCCCCCACCCUGGGGAGGGACAGGGCGGCGCUGCCAUCCAGGACCUUCCAUCUCCGAUCUGUCAGCCAGCAGUGAGCCACAUUCCCGUGAGGGCCCAAUCUUGUCUCCCCAGUUUGCAGAAAAAAAAAGUGAUUUGAAAAGCUGAGCUUUUUCCUCAAAAAAAGCCUUUUCUGAUGUGUUAAAUGUUAUGUGACUUG